AUGCAUUACGCUCUUCCCGCGGUUCUGGCUUUGGCCGUUGCCUCUGCCUCUGCCUCUAUCUCCUUUGAGUAUCACCCUUCUGUUCCCUUGGAACGCCGACAGGAGCCGGGAACGCCUGCCUAUGAGUGCCAUGCGAACUGUGGAGGCGUCAUUACCGCUGGGAGGACGGAAGGCUAUUGUGACUCGGCCAACUUCACCACCAUCUUGGAAGACUGCCUCGAAUGCGCGCUCGAAUUUGACAUCUGGCGGUACUACGGCGAGAGCGUAAGUGCCGCGGCCACAGGAUGUGGACUCGACGCGACGCCAGUUCCUGCUUCGAAUGGGACCUCGGCCACGGAACCCACUGCCACCCCGGCGCCGACUUCGACCUCUUCAGCUCCAGGCACAGAGGAGACCGGUACAACGUCGACGACGGCUUCUUCUGAACCGUCAGAGACAACCGCCGCUCCGGCCGACACAGCUUCCGAGACGCCCGAACAGACCGCAAGCGAGACGCCAGCUGAGACCAGCUCUGCAGACGUCGCCGUCCAGACCGAGAACUUUGGCAGCAAACUCGCCCUCGGCGGUGGACAGGUCGUGUUGCCAUUGGUGGCGCUUCUGCCGGCAUUGAUCUAG